AUCACAUGUCCUUCCUACGUCACACGGACCCCGGCUGAACGACGUACGGGUUGUAUGUGGCUUCUGUGGCCUUCGUCACCGUUCUGCAACUGACCUUACCGCCAAAAAAAAAAAUACAUCAUCAAUCAUCAAUCAUCAUCAUCAUCAUCAUCUGUACAACCAUUGUCGGCUGAGAGCGUAGUGGUGACGUGAUGGGCGACAAGGUCAGGGCCGCUCUAGUGACCUUGAUGUUUGUCGUUCUUGGGCCUCAUCCUCAUCCUCAUCACUUACAUCGCUGGGCUGCUAUGGGCAUGCACCUGGCAGUCAAUCCCUGCCGCGACCCUCUCGUCCUGGAGGCCGGGGUGCCGUCAGAUAUCACCCUGACGCUGUCUGACGCCGGGGAAGCUGAUGUCCAGCUGUUGGUGAUGAGGAAGCCCGUGGACAUCCCGCACUUCAUCACCGUCUGUUCCCUGGAGCACGCGGGCGACACGUGCACGGGCAGCAACCCUGACCUUUGUCAGUGUGUGGUGACCAACGGCCGUGACCUGGUCUACAGGGUCAGGAAAACAUUCUCCAGUCAAGAUGCAGGACUUUGGCGCUUCCACGUCUGCUGCAAGCAACAGAUGAAUAAGACAGUCAGCGUGCAAGUGCUCUCCUCUGCGCCGACCAGACAGCCUUCUCCACACACCACGUCGAGCAAACAGGCUACUUACAGCACACGCGCUGGCCACGUGCAAUGGUCCUCAGUCACGCAGAUGGAUACGUUGCCUUUGACCUCUGAUCCGUUGAGAGGAAGUGACGUGAGCUUUUUGAUGCUGCUCGUCAGCCUCAUAGUCGUCAUCCUGUUGGUCUGCGUGAUCUUCACGGCUGUGGUCUGGUGCCUCCUCAGGCUGUACGCCCUCCGACAACAGCCAUGCGUGACCACUGCCAGGAGUAAAUGGCAAAUAAUUCUGCUGUCCUUUGCUUCUCCACAAGAACCCGAGGUCGGUGUGCAGCCGGAGGGCAAUCUGUAUGAAGAAGUGCUGGACGAUAGCUUGGCGCUAAGCAGGUGCACGACAGGCGACCAUCUGCUAGGUCACAAAUACCGACACCUGUCGACCGUCCCGUCUCCUUGUGGUUGCGGCGAUGCUUCUAAGGUCCUCGCCAGCGACGACGUCGUCUUCGGAGUAAACGAUCGAACGAUGUCAGUGUCCACUUUGUUUCCUGCUGCCAGUGGUAGCCACUACCAGGGCUGCACAGACAGACAGCACAGCAUCUAUCUGACUCCCUCAGAGAGCACGAAAUGACUGACAUGCCUACAGGACACAGCGGCACUUGUUGACUACAGCAAGUAGCACAGCAUCAGUGUGACUCCUCUACACACCAGCAAGUUACACAUGGCUACUGCAGAUAGUGGCACUUGAUAGCACUUGUUACUUUGACAUCACUUUCUACCUAAUAACAUUUUUGAAUACUAAAAAAUUUGUUGCAUAUAGCUUUUCAAUUUGUUUGAAUCCUCAAAUUAUUGUAAUCACUGUUGUCUUGUCUACAGAUGUUCUACAAAUCCUGUGACUGAAUAAUAAGAGAGAGAAAGAGA